AUGAAUCUCUUGAAUUCCCAAUACCAAAAACACUACUCACCUAAAAGAGCCAAAUCCAACAAAAAGAGGCUCACUCAGGAUCAAGUAAGACUCCUAGAGGCAAGUUUCGAUUCCAACAAGAAGCUUGAACCCGAGCGCAAAUUUGUGCUUGCACGCGAACUAGGCAUCCUUCCGAGACAAAUUGCAAUAUGGUAUCAGAACAAGAGAGCUCGGUGGAAGAAUCAGAGCCUUGAGCUUGACUACAACAUGCUCCAACUAAGGCUAGAAUCUGCAUUAGCUGAAAAAAGGCAGCUUGAGAGAGACAUUGGGGUCGUUCGACAAGAGUUGCAUAAGGCUCAAGAGAUGUUUUUUGCUUUAAGCCAAGCACCUCCUUCUGUUUCUUCUUUCCCUAGCUGUUAUGAGGAGGGAGGGAGCAAUAGCUUGCAGAGAUAUAGUUUGCAUGGUGAUGUGAGUUGUUCUUGGGUGAAUGAUGAGGCUUUGCAACUUGAGGAGCUCUCUGCUUCUUGUUUCAUGGGUGCACAUGGAUCCAACUGUGUUUAA